CAUCCAUCCACUGAUUCAGCGCAACUUCUGAUUCUAACACCUUUCCUCUCACGCAUAUCUCACCAGUAACUCCGUCUGCCACAAUGGAAAGAAUUGAGGAAGACGUGGCCACGACUGAGUCUGCUGCUCCAUCCGCCACCACCAAACCUGUACAGCCCAGACAAGAUGCCGCGAGACGCCGCGAGAGCUUUGGCUCUCACAACUCCCAGACAGCCAAGGAGUUCAUCGAAUCCCAGAUCCAACUCGAAGCUGACGCGCGUGAAGCCCUUCCAUAUGCCUUUGACUCCUGCACAAAAGCCCUAGGUCCCCUCCGUCAAUCCCUCUUCGCCUGCUUGACCUGCAACCCUCCCGCGACCACCCCCGAUGCCUCCUACACCUCCGCAGCCGUCUGCUACUCCUGCUCCAUCUCCUGCCACGGCGAACACACCCUCGUCGAACUCUUCAACAAGCGAAACUUCGUCUGCGACUGCGGCACCACUCGCAUCCCUUCUACCUCACCAUGCACUCUCCGAAACGACCCCAAGACGGGCGCAAAGGGCGUGCACUCGGAAGAACCGCACCCGGACAACAAAUACUGCCACAACUUUCAGAACAAGUUCUGCGGCUGCGCAGAGGAUUACGAUUCCAACACGGAGCGCGGUACAAUGUUUCAGUGUCUGGGUCUGGGCACCGUGGAGACAGGAGGGUGCGGAGAAGAUUGGUGGCAUCCGGAGUGUCUGAUCGGACUGCCGCGCGACUGGUACAAGGGCGUUAAGGAAGAGGGCGAUGCUGCUGGCGAAGAUGUCGCUGAUGACGAGGAGGAUGAAACCCCCCUCCCGCCCGGGUUUCCCGCUGAGGAAGACUUCGCCAUUUUCCUUUGCUACAAGUGCGUGGACUCCAACCCAUGGAUCAAGCGCUACGCAGGAACACCCGGUUUCCUGCCCCCCGUCUACAAGGAAGGCGGUUUCGCCAAACCAUCUAAGGAACAAAAGCCGACCGCCACAAACGAGCCCUCCGUCCAACCAACCGAAGACCAGCCCGCCAACCCCAAAAAGCGAAAGGCCGACGACGACGCUGAAGAAGCCAGCGAACCCGCGCCCAAGCGACCGAAAGAUGAACCUUCAGACGAGAUCAAACCAGAGCCCACGGACGAACAACCCAGCCCAACCACCACCCAGGAUGACACCAAACCCGAAACCACCACCACCAAAGACGCCGCCACAAACGACACUACCACCGACACCACCUCCCUCUCACCCCAACCCAAACACACCACCCUCCCGGUCCCCCCAACCGCGACAUUCUCCCUCUUCCUCCACGACGACUUCCGCGAGCACUUCUGCCGCUGCCGGACUUGCUACCCCCACCUCGCCGCACACCCCCAACUGCGCGAAGAAGAAGACACCUACGAGCCCCCGAUGUCCGAGGAUGGCGAGGACGGCCCCAACGGCGGCGGUAGCACCGGCACGGGCAGUCUGCUCGACCGCGGUGAAGCAGCAUUCAGCAACAUCGACCGCGUGCGGGCCAUCGAAGGCGCCAUGGUCUACAACCAUCUCCGGGACAAGGUGAAGGAGUUUUUGAAGCCGUUUGCCGAGACCGGCACGGCCGUCAGCGCCGAGGAUAUCAAAUCGUAUUUUGAGAAAUUGAGGGGUGAUGAUCAUUCCAUUCAGGAUGCGGCGGGGCAGGCGUCCGCUGGAAGGGAAAAUGGUGAUGAUGGUGAUGAUGGUGGUGAGGGGGAUGGUGGGCGGAGGGAACAGAGCGGGUAUUGAUUUACUGCUGCUAUUGUUGUCGCUACUGCUGGUUGAAUGUGGUUUGAUGUAGCUGGGUAUAUGAGUGACGAUAUGGUUACUAGGAGGUUCCGGAUGAGGUAUGAUUAAUGGAGGCGUUCAUCUGGUUUGCAUUUAUUUUUUAUUUAAUUCCAAUUUACCCUAAGUAUAUCGAGAC